UUUUUUUUCUUUUUUUUCUUUUAUAUGUAGGCCCAAAACCGGAAGUAGUGUUCUUGAGGAUCACAGUUAACUUCGCAGACUGCCUGGUCUGGCCAACCAGCACCGCCACAACAGCUGGGGAAGGAUUUCCGACCCACUUGCAGUGAAGAUGGUGGCAGUUACAAGAGUGAGGAGCUUUCUGUCGCCCGGACGAGACGGAGAAACAGACAGCCGUCUGUCUUUUUUGUUUUCAUCCAGACCCUAACUACGUCCGAGAGCUAAGACAGGGAGGCGCGGAGGUGUGGAGGUGGGGGGGAAAGGGUGGCAACCAGCCACCGAACGGACGGAAGAGGACACACCACCGCCGGAGCGCACGGCGUUGUGUUUUUUUGGACACAUGCAUGCCAGCGAAAACUAGACCUGAGGAAUUGCGAUCUGGAGAUAAGGAGAGUGCGUUCUCCCACCUACCCCGUUUCUUUCUGGAUAAUCCGAACGAGGAUCACCAAGAGCCAGAGCCGCUCUGUGGAUUUUCUCCCUUCUUUGCUACAAGGGAAUGCGAGAGGAGGAAAUCCAGCCUCAUCUCCAAAUAAGCAGAGACUCCUAACUGGGUCUCCGCUCCAAACGCAGGAAAUACGGCCUGGAAGCGAGAGAGAGAAAGAAAAGUUCGGGACUUUGGAGGCUUUGGAGGCUUUACCGUAACAUUUUUAGCCUAAGCAAUCCUCGUGCUUCUGAGAAGAAGUUCAAGAAAAAAAAGCAUUCCCUUUUUCUUUUUUUUUUUUUUUACAUGCAGCGGGGUGGUGUUAUUUGCAAGAGUUUUUAUCAUCACUAUUUAUAGCCCAGCCUGGUCCGAAGCGAAGCCGUUCCCCGUAGCUGCAUGUAUGUUUUGCCAACUGCGCGCAACAAGUUGCAGGCACUCCCAGCAGAGGCAAAACACACGCUAAAAAAAAGAAAAAAAGAAAAAAGAACUGGGGCAGUGCAUGGAGAGUUAUUAUUUUUUCUUUCUUUUACUAGUGCGGAUCAUGCGUCUGUGAAAAGGGGGAAGUAAGGGAGGGGGCGCAGACCCUGAGACCCUCUCUUUGGGAAAAGCGGAGAGAGAGAAAGAGAGAGAGAGAGAAAGAAAGAGGGGAGGGAAUAAACAGAGGAGAUCCGGAGCUGGGAGUUCAGGAAAGGACGGGGCUGCAUCCGUGGGAAUAGGCCUGGCUGUCAGGGGCCUCCUCUGUGAGUCGGGUGUCCAAAAACAAAAUAAUAAUAAUUAUUAUAUAAAAUGGAGGGGGGCUGCUGCAAUAAAGAUGACAGGGGAAUCUUGGGAAUGAGAAAUGGAAAGCCUUCGCGUACUGAGCCGUGCAUUAGAGUGGAUGCAGUGGGAGGUAAUUACAGCUCGCACACUUUUUAAUUAACUGCUUUAAGACUUUUCAUCCGUUUGAGGUCGCCGUUCUCUUUUGAUAAGCUGUUAAUUUUUUAAAUUUUUUUUUUGCAUUUGUAUUAUUUCUAAUAAGUGCAAUUUUAUGUAUUUUUUCUUCUUCGUAGCACCGGUUGCUGCUCGUACAUGUAGUAUUUUAUUCGUGGAAAAGGAGUAUAAAUAGAGGAGCUAUGCAGGGUGUUGCAACAAGGACAGCGCAACCUUUGUAACCAACUGUUGACAUCUAUUUUAUUAUUAUCAUCACCGUUAUUAUUAUUCCUCAUUCAAACAACCCAGUUAAGCGACGACGGGAGAAACUUUCUAAUUGCGCACAUUCAGCGGCUGAUAAUCGCCGGUCGUGCACAUUUGAAGAAGAGAAAUCUGUUGCACCGCUUCCAUCAGCCGCUUGCCGAGAAGGAUGCUGAGUCCAGGAGGAAGAAAACGUGAUGAUGAGAAUGUUUGCACCGCAGCUGGAGAGCAACACCGGACAGCCUCUGUGGAGAGGGAUGCGUGCAACGCGAGUACUGACGCAAAGGCGAAGAUACAGAAUCGUGUUCUGUGAGCGUCUUAAUGUGAGUGACUGCGCGUAGCCGAUUCGUCUGUCAUCCCUCCCCGGUCAGUGUUAAUUUUCCGUCAAAAACCUUUUUUGUUGUUGUUGUUCUGCCUCCCAUGUUGGUGUCUGUCCUCCUCCACCUUCCCUCAUUUGACUCGGCGGCACCAGAGUAAAUUACUGAUUGACUCAACACCUCAGUGACCGCCUCUCCCUCCCGCCCCCCGCCCCGCUUACCCCACUCUCAUCUCCCGUCGCCUCCGCUCGUCAGCACUAGUCAACAUGGCCACUCUGCAACAUCACAGGCAGCUUCUUAUGCACGGCACGGAGGUGAGCUGCGACUCAGCCAGGGGUGAUGGCGCCAUCACGGUGCGGAUUGCCAAUAAUUCCACCCGGAUGCAGCAGCAGCAGCAGCAUCAUGAGCCACUUCGGGUUGCAAAGAGUGAAGGAGGAGGCGGCGGAGGAGGGGGUGCCAGUAAAGCGAAAACUGCCCUCCACAAGUACAGCAUCUCCUCCAGCUGCAGCUCAGCAGACUCCAGACCCGUCAUAACUUACACUCCCAAUGUGCAGAAGAAGGCCCCUUCACUGUUUGAACGCUCCGCCGCCCAGUGUUGGGACCCCAAGUUUGACUCCUCAGUCCUGGAGGACGCCUGCCAGGAAAGGUGCUUUCCACAGAAGCAGAGGCGCUUCCGUUAUGUCCUCUUCUACCUGGCAGUGGCUUCUAUACUCUGGGGGGUGUACUUUGGGGUGAACAGUGACCGCUGUCGUCCCGUGACCUUCCUCGCCCCCACUGCCUCCUUUCUGGCCUUGCUGGUGCUUUUGUUUUUGUUCACCUUUACCAAGCCCUACAUGUGGCUGUACAACCAAACCUCCCUGCUGCUAAUAGUCCUUACAUUUGCCAUCACUUUGGCUCCACAGAUGCAAACUGCUACCUAUAACUGGGCUGCCGAAGUGAACGCCUCUCACACCUCUCUGAACAAAGAGAUUCCGCCUCAGAUGUCCUGCAUCUCCCCCGUUGGCACCUUUUCCCUCUGCAUCGAGGUCCUGUUAUUGGUAUACAGCGUCCUCCAUAUCCGUCUGUAUGCCUCAGUGAUGCUGGGCCUCCUGUAUUCUGUCUUAUUUGAGGCUUUAGGAUGGCUGCCACUGCUUCAGAGGAAUUAUGAAGCUACUGGACAGGUGUCAACUUUGCAAAACACGCUCCUUUGGCUUGGCCCGGGUAAGGGUCUACUCCACCUGUGCGCGCACGUCAUUGGCAUUCAUCUUUUUAUCAUGUCCGAGGUGCGAUCCCGCAGCACCUUUCUUAAAGUGGGCCAAGCCAUAAUGCACGGCAAAGACUUGGAGGUGGAGAAGGCCUUGAAGGAAAGGAUGAUCCACUCAGUCAUGCCGAGACGAGUUGCAGACGAGCUGAUGAAGCAGGGCGACGAUGAGGGCGGCGGCGAGAAUUCUGGCAAGAGAUAUUCCUCUGGAGCCUGCUCAGCCUCGGCCGUGGCAGUGGGCAGCGGAGGGAGCGGAGGAGCUCUCCAAAGCCAAACUGUUAUAAGUUCUAAGAAUAACCCUCAUAGCAAUCACAGACGUAAAAAGACUUCGAUACCCCGAGGACAGAUAAUAUUCAGACCCUUUAACAUGAAACGCAUGGAGCCUGUCAGCAUCCUCUUCGCCGACAUUGUGGGCUUCACAAAAAUGUCCGCCAACAAGAAGGCGCCGGCCCUGGUGGGUCUCCUUAAUGACCUGUUUGGACGUUUUGACAGACUCUGCGAAUUGACCCGCUGCGAGAAGAUCAGCACUCUGGGAGACUGCUACUACUGCGUCGCAGGGUGCCCCGAGCCCAGACCAGACCACGCGUACUGCUGCGUCGAGAUGGGAUUGGGCAUGAUCCAGGCCAUCGAGCAGUUCUGCCAGGAGACGUGCGAGACCGUCAACAUGCGGGUCGGUGUCCACACGGGCACCGUGCUGUGCGGGAUCCUGGGAAUGAAAAGGUUCAAGUUUGACGUGUGGUCGAACGACGUCAAUCUGGCGAACUUGAUGGAGCAGCUGGGCAUGGCGGGGAAGGUUCAUCUGUCCGAAGCUACUGCCCGGUUCCUGGACGACCGCUACCAGAGGGAGGAUGGGCAGGUGGCCGAGAGAGCAGGGCAGAGUGCAAUCGAGAAACUGAAAGGAAUGAAAACAUACCUGAUCUCAGGAAGGAAGCCAGAUCAUGAUGUGCAGUGCGGCUGCUCUCUGCCUGGAGGGGAGUUUGUGGGGGUCAACGUGCCUUCCUGCCCUCAGCCUCGUACACCGGACCUCAUCCACGGAGCAGCACAGGCUGCCGAGUCCCUUCUGCCUCACAAACCAUCGGACAGAACUGUGCCUCCCUGUGUUUUCCAUGGUGCCGUGCGCUCGUCCAUGGCGGAGCAGGACGAUGAUGUGGCUGUUGUGAACGGCUGUCAGGAGGAACACAAGGCCAGCGGUGCCAAGUUCCUACCAGGCCACAACCCGAAAGUGGUCAACGGUCUCCUGAGCCCCCCGCUGGAGGACGCCGCCGCACGUGCCAGCCAGAGCUCCCUCUGCGACAUCCUCCAGGAGAAAGAGAAGAAGACCAGCACCAGCACGGGCACCGGCACAAGCCUCGGCAUGGCGGCGGCGGUGGCGGCGGCAGGCACGGGCAUGGAUCACUCUGCCCUCAUCCAGCUGCGUGCCAAGAACUUCAAACGGAAAAGCGACGCCCACUUCGUGGACGUUAUCAGGGAGGACAGUCUGAUGAAGGACUACUUUUUCAAGCCGCCCAUCAACAAGAUCAGUUUGAACUUUCUGGAGAGACCUCUGGAGAAGGCGUAUCGCAGCAGCUACAAAGAAGAGGUGAAGAACCAGGUUCCGGUGCAGACGUUUGCCAGCCCCACUUUCAGUUCCUUCCUGGACGUUCUCCUCAGCUGCUUCGUCUUCCUGGCCUUGACCGUGGCCUGCUUCCUUCCGUCUCUGGUCGACCCGGCCACGGCGGGCCCCCCGGCGCUCGCUGCCCUGAUCCUGGCUCCUCUGGCUGGGUUGUUAGAGAUGGCCUCACUGGUGUUCUCCGUACGCAUGACCUUCUACCUGGAGGAGUUGAGGAGAUGCACUCGCUCCCUGGCCUUGCUGGUGUCCGGCUGGGUCUCUCGUCAUCUGAUUGGUGCGGCGUUGGUCUCCCUUCCCGCCGUCUCCGUCUUGUCCCAUGUCAGCGUCCGCCUUCCGCUCCAGGUGACCAUGUUCCUGUGCUGUGCCACCAUCUUGGCCAUAAUUCAGUACUGUAACUUCUGUCAGCUGAGUUUUUGGAUGAGGUCCGUCUUCGCCACCAUCACCGGACUCGCUCUCCUGCUGAUGCUGUACAGUCCUGUUCACAGCUCAAGUAAUAACGCCGUGCCAGUUCAUGGGUUGAACGUCUCCACCUCCAGCGACGGUGUGUCCGAGUUGAGCCCAGACACGUCAAGACUCUCUGACUUCCUGGUCACGGAGGCGAUCCUAGCCUUCUUCCUGCUUCUCCUUCUGGUCUGGUUUCUCAAUCGUGAGUCCGAAGUCAGCUACCGCCUUCAUUACCAUGGCAACGUGGAGGCUGACAAGCACCGCUCCAAAAUUCAGACGAUGCGAGACCAGGCUGAGUGGCUUCUGGGCAACAUCAUCCCCAUCCAUGUCGCCGACCAGCUCAAGGAGACCCAGAGCUACUCCAAGAACCACGACAGCGUAGGGGUGAUCUUUGCCAGCAUCGUCAACUUCAGCGAGUUCUACGAAGAGAGCUACGAGGGCGGGAAGGAGUGCUAUCGCGUCCUGAACGAGCUGAUCGGAGACUUUGACGAGCUCCUCCGCAAGCCCGAGUUCAGGAGCGUGGAGAAAAUCAAGACCAUCGGCUCCACCUACAUGGCAGCGUCGGGGCUCAACGUCCAGCAGACGGGGGACGACGAAGACGAGUCUCCCCACGCGCACCUGAGGGCGCUUUUCGACUUUGCCCUGGAGAUGAUGGGCGUCCUGGACGACUUCAACAAGAAUAUGCUGGGCUUCGGUUUCAAGCUGCGCAUCGGGUUCAACCACGGGCCGCUGACGGCUGGAGUGAUCGGCACGACCAAGCUGCUUUAUGACAUCUGGGGGGACACGGUCAACAUCGCCAGCCGGAUGGACUCGACCGGCGUGGAGUGUCGGGUGCAGGUGAGCGAGGAGAGCCACGCCGUCCUCAGCGCCAUGGGCUUGGAGUUCGACUACAGGGGGACGGUCAAUGUCAAGGGCAAAGGCCAAAUGAGGACUUUUCUCUACCCGAAAAGCGGGGAGAGCUUCUGCCAGGAGCAAAGGGAGCCGGCAGCUGGAGUUGGACCGACGAUAUUAACUUCUUGUAAGACUUCCUUCUCUCUUCCCAAUCAGUCCCCUCCGCCCCAAAGCGCUGUAAGGGCUGCAGGCGCAAACUCCGAGCCCAACCCAGCGACGAGCGUAGAAGAGAGGGAUGAAGGUUACAGGGACUUAGCACACAUCCCUGAGGAGUCCCCCGACAGAGACUUUAGCAGCCUUGCAAGUUCUGAGACAGUCCCUGCUACACAGACAGAUCCCGCUCUUCUCACGCUUCAGGAGGAGGAAGAGGCGAACGAGCUGUCAAAACUCAACGAGGAGUUUUACGCUCGUCUCUGAUCGUAGAUCCCGCUAUUCCUCCGUCUCCUUCUCCGCCGCUUCCACCUCUUUAGGACCGAUUACAGAUGCCAGCAAGGACGUCUCUUCCUUUCCCUCUUUGGCACGGAGGAAGCAGCGGAUCGUUUCAACGCACACCGCGGCUUGAAAACGGGGCCGGGGGGUCCGCCGAAUAUCUUCUAUGGGAGCGUUGCCCGAGCGCUAUAACGGUGGAUUUUCGAGCUGUGCUGAGCACAGCGACUUAUCACGAUGAAAAGCAUGAAGAAGGAGGAAAAAGGAACGUUUUUAAGGUGUUAUGUCUUUUCUUAAUAUUUUUAUUAAGUGCCUUCAGGACUAGAACAGUGAACGAACAAAUAUGAAAAGUGAACAAGAAUUGAACAACCUAGACUACAGAUCAUGCUGUAGUUUCUUAUUUCAUCCUUUAUUUUUUUAAUGCAAGUAUUGUUUUUUUUUGUUUGUUUGUUUUUUUUUUAUAAAUCAUUACCGUUGUGCCAUAUCAAUCGCUAAGGGAAAAUCAUUUUAGUUUUUAUGUAAGUGCCAACGCCGUGUUAUGGGCUUAGUGGGAAAUUAGGGGAAAAUUGAGGGAAUUACACAAAGCAGUGUUAAUAUUACACAUACUGCUUUGACAUAAGGGCCUAAAUACAGUAUUCAUUUAUGCCCAGAGAUUCACUUAUAAGAGGAUAUGCUGCAAAAGCAGGCUGCUUUGAUGAUUUUUAUUUUUAUUUUAGCUUGUGUAGCAACUUGAUGAACAUUUUAAGCACAGUUCUUGCACAGUGUUUUUGUUUUAUUUUUACCACUUGUAUUUAGCCGUUUUUACAGCUUGAUUGCUUCUUAGAGACUCUGGGGAAAGAUCUUACAGUAAAAGCACAAAAGCUUAGACACAUAAGGGAAAAUAGGUCUGAACAAGAUGUGUUUCUGAAGCAGGGACACCAUCAGAGAACAGGAAGGCACUUUAAACACCUACAGUGCCUUGCAAAAGUAUUCAAGCAUCUUGAGCUUUUUUGCAUCUUGUCAUUUUCCAGUUUCCUCAAUGUAUGUUAUUGGGAUUUUAUGCAAUAGAUCAAUACAAAGUAGUGUAAAACCAGUACAAAUAUCGAUGAGAAUGAGUGAAUGAAAUCUGAAAAGUGUGGCGGUCAUUUGUUGUCAGCCCUCCCAAGUCAAUCCUCUCGUAGAACCAGGAUUUUGUUGCAAGUCUCUACUUCCUUUAUACAUCUAGAGACUUGCAUAUUCUUCUUUGCAAAAACGACAUCAGCUCAGUCACACUGAGAGCUUUAGUAAAAAAAGACAAUUCUAAACUCUUGCACUGAUUCCAAGUCCAAUUUUCACUUUAUUUAGGUCAUUGUGAUAUGACCACGCUUUGGCCCAAACAGUUCCUUUGUAGCUCUGGCUCGGUGUCAUGCUGAAAGGUGAACCUUCAAUCUUUGUAAACUCCUAACAGGUUUUUCGUACAAGAUUUGGAGCUGCUUGCUCCAUCCUGAAGAAAAACAUUCCCACAGCAUGAUGCCGCUGCCACUAUGUUUCACCAUGUUGAUUAUAUAUCCAGGUUGAUGUGUAGUGAUCUUUUUAUUUUUUUUUAUUUUCAGUCACGAGGCAUUUUGAAUGUAGACCAAAAAGUUCAGAUUUGAGUAUCCUUGGUGAAAAUGUGAAUUAUUCGUGUUUUUUAAAAAUAAGUUAGUAAGCGAUUAAUCGUUAAAUGGAGAAUAGAGACUCAAAAAAAAAGAAAAAGAAAACAACAACAUAGUCAAAGGAGUAAUUAAGCCAAAACUUUACAAAAGAUGCAUACAUUUUGCAUUUAUGAUUUAAAAAAACAAACGUUUUUUAUCAGUAAAUAUAUUCUACCCAGAACUUAUCAAGUGACACAGCGUUAGCUUCAUUUUACUCAAAUCUAGUAAAAAACAAUAAAUAAAUAAAUAAAUAGUAAAUAAAAUCUCCUAUUAAGUACCUUUUUCUAUCCAAUUAUUGAUUGGCUAAUCCGAAAAAAUAAUCAACAGAUUAGCCCUACAAUUUAUUGAUUAAGUCAGGCUGAGCUUUUUCACAUGUUGAUGUUAGAAGUAUUUUUUUUUUUUAGCUUUGCUACAAAUGAUCAAUCACUAACAGAAUGCUAUGUUGUUGCAUUUAAGGCAAUAAAAUGUCUAUUUUUGUAUUUUUAAAAAAAGGAAUUAAAUUAUUUAUCUGUGUUUUUAAUGUAUUUCCAAUAUUGUUUGAAGUAAGCGUAAAUAGUUCAAUAAAACCUCUGCAGAAUUUGCCCAUUUCCUCUGUCUGAUUAAACAUCAGGAUCGUCAAUAGAAUAAUCAAUUACCAAAAUAAUUGUUAGCUGCUGGCCUAUCCUCAUCUCAUCGAGACGAAUGGAUGCACACACCUGUUAAUUCUCCACCAAUUUGCGCUGGUCUGUCGCAUGAAAUCCCACGCUUCGCUUCAGCACAUUGCGGUUUCUGCUUGCAACAUGACAACAUGUGUAAAAGCUCGAGGACUUCUGAAGCGUACUGUCCGGUGAAACCAUGAUCUGCUUUUCGAGGAUGCAAUAUACUCGCUUCCCUCUCCUCCCCGGAUUGAGAACGCGAAGGAGCAAAUUCAAAAACAAAGGUUUUUAGUUUGCUUCUCCUGGAAGCUUGUCUACAAGUGAGGUGGGAGUUUAGAAAUCAAAUCAACUGUGGGGUGUUGUGUACCUUUAUGUUGUGUACCUUUAAUUGGGAACGUGAGGAACAAUCACAGUCCCCAUUCGCCUGUUCUGUGUCAGAGCACAGCUCAUCUACUGUUCACUGUGUGUUAAACCUCCGAGUCAAACUGUGCGAUGCUCCGUUGGUCACCUUUACUGCUUGAAACAAAGGAACAAAAAAAAAAAACCUGAAAUAAAAUUAAUAUAAUUUCCCUACUGUGGGACAACAAAGGAUACUUCUAUUCUGUUUAGUUAGCUGAAUUUGAGUUUAGCCCUACAGCUUGCUGUUGAAGCGUUGUGACAUUUCAGAGCUUCUUCCCUGGGGAAGGAGCCCUCUACUGUAUCAAUAUUGUGCCACUUUAAUGAAGUGGUCUGUAAGUGAAGUGCAACAAUAGCUAGUUGAUUGUUUUGUGGUGCCUAAAGUUGUGGCUGUUUUUUUUUUCUAUUUCAGUAUUUUAGUACACCUUUUUUUGUUUUGUUUUUUUACAUGAUACAUUUUUCAUGAGGAUGAUUUGAUUAUGAUUGUAUGUUUUAAGAAAAUCAAGCUGCCACAACGUUCGCUGCAAGUUUGAGUUGACAGAUUCCUCGCCGUUGAAAUCCGACGGGGUUUCGCAUUGAAUCACUGCCACAGUUUGCUCUUUUGCCCUUUCACUUCCCGCUCAUGUUCGAUCUCUUCUCCUCAAAGCACAUGUCUCUCUCUUGUAGUGUGUGUGGGUGUGUGUGUGUGUGCGUGCGGGUGUGUGUGUGUGUGUGUAUGUACUGUGAGACAUCUAACUUUUACCUAAAGUAAAUAAGAGGAAAGAUGCAAAAGGAAAUCCUCGAGAUUAGCCAAUCUUCAGUGUUUCAUUUCUUUGCUGCUGCUGCUGCCGCCUCCUUGUUUGUACAGGAAUUACAUUAUUUACAUUUCGCUGUUAGAGCCGGACUGGGAGGGGGGAAGAGGAUGUGUUGUCAUUUCAGAAAAAAUGUAAAAGGGAAAAUCGUCUCUAUUCUCAGUACCUGUCAGGAGUAUUUAUAUCGCCUAGACGUUUUCACAUUGUGUCUCAUUACAACCACAGACUUGAGUGUACUUUAUCGGGGACUGUUUGGGAACAAUUUUCAAGUCUUUGCACAGAUUCUUUAUUGGAUUCAGGUCUGGACUUUGACUGGGCCAUCUUAGCACAUGAAUGUGCUCUGAUCUAAGCCAUUCCAUUGUAGCUGUGGUUAUUAGUUUUUGGGUUAUUGUCCAGCUGGAAGAUGAACCGUUGCCCCGGUCUUAGGUGUUUUGCUUAACGCUGCUUUUAACUUCUCCUCAACAUUUUCCCUCAACCUGUCUGCUGUUUUUCUUGGUCAUUGUGUGGCUGUUUCUUCGCUAAAGUUCUCUAACAGCUGGAUUUCUACUGAGAUUAAAUUGCACUCAGAUAGACUCUUAUUUUAUUAUUGGGUAAUGUCUGAAUGCAAGAGUGAGGUGCAGUAUGUAACUUUUUUGAACAGUAUGGUUUUUUUGGAGGGGUUUUUACCCAUUUACCAUAUUUGUUAAAAUUGCGACCAUGUAGUGUAGUCAUUCAUGCUCAUGUACACGCUGCUAAAUGUGCGUACAUUCAGUACAUUUAGCACAUUUAGCACCGUUGCAGGAAAAUAGUUAAUUGGCCGUUACUGGUGGCUGUGCUAACUAGCUUGAGCAUUCACAACAGGCUUCUGUGUGGAGGAAUGUAACAGAGAGCAAGGGGGAGGGUUUGAACUGGGUAUACACAAGGAUGAUUGACAGUGCUGAGACCCUCCCCCUGGCUCUGAUUGGUUGUUUCUGCAGAUGACAGUUGGACCACAAGCAGGAGACAGUGGAGUUUGAUUUUUUAUUUUUUUUUCCACAUAUUACCGUCAAAUCAUAGUGACAGUUUUAAUAAAUAUGUGUAAGACAUAUUGUUUUUAAAAGUUACACACUGCAACUUUAAAGACUUAUCUAAAAACAAAAGAAAAUAAGACCACGUAUCAUUUUCUGAUCACUUCACAGUUAUGUACUACGUUGCAUAACGUCCAGAUAAAGUACAUCAAAGCGUGUGGUUGUAAUGUGACAAAAUUUAAAAAGUUCAAAGGCUGUGAAUACUUUCGCGCGCCACCGUAUCCAUCUGCCUCAUCUGUAGCAUAGAAAAACGUCUGGUUACCUCUGCCACUGGGCAUCCCCACAUACACAAUCAGUGCCUUUUUCUUUUCUUUUUUUUUUAGUUGGAGUCCUUUUUUUCUGAAAUUGUUGUGUGUGUGAAGUGUGGUUAUAGUGUCAAAUGAUUUAACCCUAGUUGCAUUAAUACCAUGAGAAUCCAAAGAAGCAUCUUCAGCAGGUGUCACAGUAGCUAGAGACAAAAAUAUUUAUGUUAGACUUCAGUCAUAAGCUCUCAAUGUUUUAUUUCUUUUUUGUACACCUGUGAUCCAUGUUCCCAGAUUGCUCGCUUUCGAUGAGCCACAGCACAAAAAAAAAAAGGUUGGACGAAAUACCAGGUCUUUUGUGAAGGAAGGUUUCACACACGUACGCACGCAUUUUCUUGACGACCUCAAUGCCUUAUGUUGCUAAGUAAUCCUGUGUGAGUUUUAGGCCAUGGCAGCACAGCAUACAAAGAAAAAAAAAAAGAAGAGAUUUCACAAGUUGACAAGUGCACCACCUUUCCAGUAGCACACAUCUGUAUACAGCCACAAAUAAAACAUUACAUUGAAAACUA